AUGGACGAGGACGCAACGACGGUCGGGCAAUCCAGAGAAAAGACAGCGCCAUUCUUGAUUCGCGCGUUCAUCAAAAUCGGCGGUUUCCAUAGACUUACAAUGUUUGACGAUGGCACACUCCCAACCACAGACGAGCAACAGCUUUUUACGUGGAAGGAUGCAACUUUGCGCGAAAUAGUAACUACCCUCCGAAACACUGCGCCUACAGUACCAGAGUAUCGCCACCCUCUUGCUCGGUUUUCGUUCAGAACCGUUUAUGCCGAUCCAGGCAGCAAAGGCAGGUUCUCGUCCAAAGAUCUUGGCUCUAUCUCCUCGCGCGACAUCCUUGGAGAACCCGGCACCCUCACCACCGUCGCGCCCCGUCUUUUGGAAGACGAGGACACCGAACCCUCGUCAAGAGAAAAGGAGGAACGAACGUUGGACGAGCUCAGAUUUGUGCCCGGAGAUUACCUUAUUGUUGCGGUGCUGCUUCCCAAGAGCGCUACUGCACCUUCGGAGUUGGCCAUCAAGGGCGCCGGCGCGGGUCCUAAUAACGGUUGGAAGGGUGGGGCAGGUCGUGGAGCAGAUAGUGGAUGGGGAGGGCCUACGGCAGCCUCUAGCGCUCCAGGACGUGGGGGAGGACAUUGGAGGGGAGACUCGAACCCUCCUCCACCGGGGGGCGGCGGUCGAGGUAGAGGCAGAGGCGGGGACAGAGGCGGAGACUUUGAUAGACGUAUACCGCCCCCUCGAAGAGGUGACUCUCCGCCUCCUUCGAGGGGCGGGAGAGGUGGACGUCCGAGAACUCGUUCGCGGUCGCCCCGGCGGAGAAGAUACGAUUAG